AAGUAUGGCUGUGCAUCAUUGUACCAUCAGUUUUUAGCCCCGUAGUCUGAUCUCUUCUGUACACUGCCCUAGCAGAUUAUUGUCCCUACUUAAAACGUGUACUUACAUUGCCCUGUCCAUUACCAUUCGCCCAUCAGCCAGCCCGGUAGCCAACGUAUCCUGCUAUAUGGCAUCCUACCGCACCAAUUCUCCUACGCCAGCAGACAUCGUCACUUAUCGUUUUCGUGGAAACUUGGUCUACGUAAAACCGGAGCUAGACUACGAGCUCGCUCUAGACGUUGCUCAAAAAGAGUUCGUCGAACUCCUUGGGAUUUCUCGGCAACAGAUAGUGUUCACGACACAGGCCACUGUCGGUGGGGAACGCAAGUGCGUACGCAUCUCUGCCAGUGCAUGGGCAUCUACGGUGUCGCGGAUGCUUCGUGGAGAAGUUAUCGAUGUUGGUAUCGUGGAGGACAAAAAACAGGACGAGCCACCACAGUAUCUUGAAGUUCCUGAUAACAAGGAAGGAGAUUACACACGAUGGUCUCGCUCUGCCCCUGCUUCACGAUCCAAUUCACGCACUCGCCAGCCAUCUCCUACACCGUCGCUCAAUGACGAGGAAAAGUCACGAAGAUCCUGGUUCAGUCGACAUUUUUGAUCUUUUGCGUGGUUCACGGAACAUAAUGUACAGGACCUCAUUUAAUACACUUCGUACACCAUACAUCAAUUCGCCGGUCGUAUACCCUUCAUUUGCACUGUAGUAUAUGCUCACUGUAUCACAUAUAGUAUGUUCGUCGAAUACUUAUUUUGUAGCUAACAAUUGUUACGAUAACUCCACCACUCGUCAAGUCACAGAGGGAAGCACUGAUCAGCUUCAAUACUCGAGCUACUCAAGUGCGGCUGUGUCUCAACAA